AUGAAAUUGGUAAGUGUGUAUGCACCAUUCGCCACCACACUGAAUCAAUCGUCUCCACUGAUGAAAGUCCUAAAUAAAUAUAAAUCCGCUGGACACGACAAUCAAUACGAGCUUGAUUUUGCAUAUCUAAAACCUUUUACUACAUAUGUGCAAUUUUACAUCAAGAAAUACCAAUCGUUUCGAUUCGUUAAGACGGUCAUCUUUCAAAACGAAGAUGUCCGAUCCGAAGAUAUUGAUCCGUCCACGCACAAUACCUGCUGCGCCUAUUUACAUUUCGAGUCACCUUAUUGUCAGGCUAUGCUGAUCACAUUAUCAGUUUGCAAAAACUAUACAAUCCAUAACGGUAAUAUUGAACUAGACGCGCCUUCAAAUCGCUUUGUAAUUGAUUAUCCAUAUAUUAACGUGGAACAAUUUUUCUGGUACGAGACGAAACUUCCGACACUGGUGUCUGCCCUUCGCACAAGAGGAGUGUCAAACGUCGUGAUCAAUUUUAAACCUGGAGUAAACGUGUUGAAAAUAUGGGGUGGACUGCCGGCCAAGUAUUCGCUGACAAUCGAAUCGACGGUAGACUUCUCCCUCUUACAUACGGUGCAAGCCGUUUACGAAAAACUCAACGAGCAACCAAAAUCGUUGACGUCCUUACUCGUGUCUUUAAAGCAAACGUUUACAAAUCUAUGUUCUACGGAGCCAAAUACAGGUGACCGUGGACAAGCCUUACUAAAGUUUUACUCUUCAUUUAUGCCACAGUCCGCCAACAACGAAACCGAAUUGAAGAAAAUUGAAAGAUUAUCGAAUAUUUCGAAACAAGUUCAAACAGCUAUGGUAAACUGUUUAGAGAGUAAAUCCCUUAAUGAUGUAAACGCUACGACAGAAUUAUACACGGAAUUACAAGAAUUAUUACAAAACAAAACAUUGGGACUAAAACAGAUUACCGAAUUUGUUUCGAAACAAAAAAUAAUACAAAAACCAAAAGCUGCUCAAAGUACUAAAAAAAUGAAAACCGAUAGGUCUAUAGUGAUAAAAAAAUCUCUUAUCAAAUCUAAAAUAACACAUGGUAAAAGUACUCCCACGACAAUUUCGUCCAAAGUGCAUAUUAAACCAACGACAUCAAAACUUAUUUAUGCAAAUAUGUUUGAAGUAUUAUGCAAUGUAUUUCAUUCUGAUGAGAUUGACUUGGAUGAAUAUCAUUUUAAAAAUGAUUUAUCCAACUAUAUGAUUACUGUUAAUUAUGAUGAGAAUACCACAAAACCUAUUGAUGCGUUGUUAUUGUUUCGUGUAGAACUCAACACACAUUCGACAUCAGAAUUGGUGCCUACAAUUUUGAAAUUUUCAUACAAAAAUAACAACAAUUGCAAUACUAAUUUAACAUUGAUCGACAACGAUACUCAAAUGGAAGUGAUACCGGCGAACAUUGAAAUGAAUAUGUAUAUGGUUCGUAAUACCACUAAGGGGUACUCGCUAAUAGCGUGGAUUUCGGAAAAAGUUCCAGAUUUGAAAAGCUUUACCUAUAAACUGGAAUUAUUUGGACGUCCGUACGAGAUAUUACACUCUUGCGGAACGCAAAGGGAUUAUAGUUCACAGAAAUACAAUCCAACUGUAUGUGAUAAUAUUUACACUCCCGAUUUUGUUAUUAAGCAGGUGAAAAAUAGGUUUUACAAGCCAAAUGCUGAGAACCUAUUGGCUAGGGCGAUACUGAACAUCGAAAAAGCAGCUUUAUACACAAUAUACUGUCAUCUAGAACACUUAGAUGAUGUAAUGAUGGAAAUUCGAGUAGUAGACAUAAAUCUUACUGCUGGUGAUCCAACAGUAUUUGCAUCGUAUCGUACACGCGGAAAAACAGCAAUGAUUCCAGCUAUAUUUUUAGAUCCAAAUGUCAACAACAAUUCACAAAUUGUGAAUUCUAAACAAUCACAAUCAAAAGAUUCUGUAACUGAAAACUCGACAAAAUUAGUAUUUGUAAUCGAGGUUAUUUUAAUCAAGAAUAUUGACAACGAUUACAUUGAUAUGAUAAAUGAUACAAACCAACAUGAUUGGACAAUUUCGUGCGCAUACGAUAAAAAGGUCACAGGUAUUACACUGGAAACAAGUGUUGUAGAUUAUAAUGAUUUCCGUUUUAUCAGUUCAAUACCACAUCAAAUUCCUCCACCUACUAUUUUACAGAAAUCAAUAAUCAAAUCAAAUUCAAAUGUUACCAACCAAAUCGAUAGUUCAACACCAAAUUUGAAUUACCAUGCAUUGUUUGAAUUCAUGACAGCCAGUCAAGAUAUAAUCAAAGAACGAAUCGUGGAUAAUCAUCCGAAUGAAUUAUUAAUUGAAAAAACAAUAGGACUAAUAAAUAAAAUAAAAGAAAUAACUACUCUGCAAGAUACUACCAUAAACCUUUUAAAUACAGAAAUGGAUAAUAAAACUGAAAGCCGUCAUAAUUUGGUGGAUGAAUUAAACAAACAGGUCUUAAGUUUCCUUCAACUUCAACGUAAUAAAUCGAAUAUGACCGUAAAACAAUCACGGAUGGCGAAAAAGAAGUCACGUGUCGCUUAG